AUGAUGUCUGUGGCCAUUGAUAAUCGUUAUCUGAUCAAAGAAGGCGACCUUCGACUGAUGACCGUCCAACGCACGAUGGGAAGUGCAUUUCAUCGGAAAUUUUCCAGCAUCAUGCGUCAAAAAGCGGUCAACGCCAGUCUGUUCUUAUUCAACGAUUUAUUUAUGAUUGCCAAGAAACGCAGCAACCAGCGUCUCAUGGUUGAUGAACACUGUCCUCUGUCAUGGAUUCGCGUCGAGGUGGACCCUAGCCCAUUUGACAUCAACAUUGUGAAGUACUAUCCGGCUGGAACACUAGGUGCCAAUGGGAAUCCAAAAACAGCUCCUGGUCCCGGUACAGUCACCGCUGUGGGACGCUUGCACUCACAGGCGGUGGACUCACAAUUUGGCAAUGAGAUUAAUGGACAUUCGGAUGACCGAAAUUCGCCGAGGAACCGUGAAUCAGAAACGAUCAAAAGAGCCAUGUCGAUUCCGACGGAAACAGGCGAUAUGACAAUGUUCCCUUUUCGAUUGAUUAUUGAAUCUCCAAAUCACCCCCGAUCGGUCUAUAAUCUACAGGCAAAAACGUUAUCCGAAAGGGAACGCUGGAUCGAUGCCCUUUCACCAAAGCGAUACGGAAUAGCUGAGAAUUUGGUUUACAAAGUUUGGGACUGCCCCCAAGUGUUAAUCACACGAUCACAUUCCACUAACGAGGGAGAUGAAUUGGAAUUGAAGGAGGGCGACCAGGCCAGUAUUCUGGUCAGCUUAAACGACUCUCCAGAUCAAGGUUGGUACAAAGGUAUGCUUUCGGACGGAAGAAUCGGUUGGUUCCCUAGUGGUAUUUGUGUGGAAGUCCAAGAUGCGUUGAUGAAGCGUGAAAACAUGCGCAAUUUCAUGCUUCUGGAGGAAGCAAGAGCGGCCUACCGGAUUCGAAAAGCUCGUGAACAGUUUAGUGAAUUUCCCAGAUUGAAAGACGUGGCCCGUUCGCGAGUAACUGCCUCGGAGCAGGUGGAACGAUAG